AUGUUCCAACACCUGUCCAAAAUCGUGACGAUGGAUGAUGGCUCACUUUCCAACCCCGAAGGCGGUAACGAUCAUAGAUGGGUAACCAUCUUGACCGCCGGUGCAGUGAUAGCUGCCUCCCUUUAUCUUCGAAUCAACAUUCAGGGGAGAAAGUUGAAAGUCAGCGACUACUUUCUGUGCCUGGCAUGGUGUUCAGCGGUUGCGACGGCGUCGUUCGACAUUCAGUUCACCGUAAUGGGCGCCUUGCAUCAGAAUGUUAAAAUCAAUCUUGACGGCUUCAAUGGCAGCGACGACGACGCCAUGCUGGUUAUGAGACAUCAUACUUCUCUUCACAAUCUGUUUGCCGUUGAGCAAACACUGGUGGGUGCCUCGUUCCCUACCAAGCUCCUUGUUUCUGGGCGCAUUGCUGACACUUGGCGAUCUGUCAGGUCCAUGACGGAUAGCGUUGUUGGCACAGAAAAUGUCAUGUGCUCGGCCUCUUCACCGGCGAUUGUGUUCCAAGUUGGCUGGGCAUUGCACUUCUUUGGGGAUAUCUUGAUCUUCUGCCUUCCCUGGCUGAUCAUCCCAGACUUGAAAAUCAGAAGAUCGCUAAAGAUCGGCGUUUACUGUACUUUCGGCCUCGGCAUCAUCAACAUGACGUUUUCCCUCGUCCGAUUCAUCACGAUCCAAACUGCUCCUGUAGAAGUACUGCCAUUUGGCUUAGUUGUAAAAACGCCGAUGUAUAUUACACGGAUGAGCCGGUUCGAUAUGACUGUCCCUCCGAACUUCGGCCAGCCCGUUGAUCUUGAGCAUGCUGCGGAGGGCUCAUCCACGACGAAAUCUCAGGACUCCGAUAUGGACGUGUCGGAAGCUGGAAGUGUGGCGACAGGAGACAAGACCGAUACGUCGCUGCAUUCUACAUGA